AUUUGAAUGCAAAACACAUUACAAUAAAAUGAAAUCUCAAACAAAUCCACGUUUUUGUUUAAAUUGUGGCUUAAAUUCAAUUACAAUUAGAGACCAUUUGGUUGUCAUUAAGUAAUCGAUACGAAGAGGAAUAUCAUGUCUUCGGCGACGAAGAAGAAACACGUGACCGAAGAAGUGCUCAAUCACUACGAUUUGCCACAACAUAAUCAACUCAUUGUCAAAGUGAUCGCCGGUCGCGGCAAUAAUCUUCACGAAGUGGUGACUCCCGAUGGCGACAAUUACUUGGUUUCUAUGCCUCCGAAGUUUCGCAAAUGGAUUUGGAUUAAGAGAGGCGAUUAUCUGAUUGUGGAUCCGAUAGAAGAGGGAAAUAAAGUGAAGGCAGAAAUCACUAGUAUUUUACUCAAAGAUCAGAUCAAAUACAUUAAAGACGAGGGAAAAUGGCCGCCAGAGUUUGAGGACAAAAACAGUACCGACGAAGACAUUAAUUCGGAUCAACUCUUUAGGAAUACAAACCAUAGAGACCAAGACAUCGAUGACAGUUCAAGUAGUAGUGAAUCCGACGAAGAAGACAAUGAAGAGGAAGCAGACGAUGAAGAGGAAGAAGAAGACAAACCGAGUCAAGACAGCGAUUGA